AGGUGGACAGACAGGAUGCAGAGAGCAGUGAGUCUGGUUUCUGUGCUGGUCCUGGGGUCAGUCUGGACCCUGCAGGGGGUCCACAUACUCCCAGAACCUCUACCCCUCCCACAGGAGAACUUCGAUCUGACCCAGUUUUUAGGAACAUGGCACGAUGUUGUCGUGGCGAGCAGCUGCCCCUAUAUGCAGCGUCAAAGAGGAGAAGCAGCCAUUGGUAAACUGGUUCUGGAGAGAGGGGCCACUGAAGGCAAACUCAAGGUGACACGAUCUGCACUCAGACAUGGAACGUGUAGGGAGAUGUCUGGAGACUAUGAUUUAACCAGCACACCAGGACGACUCCUCUACCAUGUUGAGAGGUGGGGCGCAGACGUGGACGCCUACGUGGUUCACACCAACUACAACGAGUACGCAAUAAUAAUAAUGAGCAAACAGAAAACAUCCGGGGAGAAGAGCACCUCAGUUAAGCUGUACAGUCGGACGAUGUCUGUGAGAGACACUGUGCUGGAUGACUUCAAAACUCUGGUCAGACAACAGGGAAUGAGUGACAACACUAUUGUCAUCUUGCAGAACAAAGGGGACUGUGUUCCUGGAGAACAGGUGCAAGAAACGCCAGCUCAGCCUGAGCCUCAGAGGCUGAGGAGACAGGUGGUGCCGUCUUUGGCUCCAGCAGAAUUGGAGGGAUCUGGUGAUGGUACAGCUUUUUUCGACGGAACCGACUUUCCCUCCACAGAGGCCUGUAAAGCGGCACCAGAGACCGGGCCGUGCUUUGGGCUGCUCCAGCGUUUCUACUACAACUCGUCCUCGAUGAGCUGUCACCUCUUUAACUUCGGAGGGUGUAUGGGCAACCAGAACAACUUUUUAAAUGAGAGAGCAUGUCUGCAGAGUUGUCGCACUGAGGCUGUUUGCCGUCUGCCCAUGGCCCCUCAUCCCUGCACAGGUCAGCCGUCCAUCUGGGCCUUUGACUCCGUCAGCGGUUUGUGCAUGCCCUACAAAUUUGGCUUCUGCCAGGCCAACGGCAACAAGUUCUACAGCAAGGCAGAGUGUGAGGAGUACUGCGACGUGAUUAAAGAUGCAGAUGGAGAGCUCCUGAGGGCGAAUUGAGCGAGACGAGGAAACAUCGCUGCUCAUCUUAUCUCAUCAAACUGUACAGAGAUGCAACAUUUGCCAACAUUGCACAAGUUACAUCACAACCGUAAUAAAACGUCAUUGAUCAGUU